AUGGCGCGAUUGCGAACUGCUUGCCUGGCGGCGCUGGCCGUUGCCGCCACCUCACACGCACACACGGCCGGCGAUGCCAGCCAGAAGCCAAUCACCCCGAAGCAAGGGGGCGGGGGCUCGAGGAACCCGCUGAAUGACGACCUGGCCAAGUUUAUCCAGGAGGCGCUCGACGUAUGGCACGUCCCAGGCAUGGCCGUUGGCGUCAUUGACGACGACCAGAUCUACACCGAGGGCUACGGAUUCGCCACGCUCCCUGACGUGCGCGCCACGGCCGACACGCUGUGGUACGGCGCGUCGACCUCCAAGGCGCAGAGCGCCGCGCUGCUGUCGCACCUCAUCCACUCCGGCAAUCACAGCGCCUUCGCGGACGCCGGGUGGGAGACGCCGAUCGCAUCCGUCAUCCGCGACGACUUCGUGCUGACGGACGAGUGGGCGACGGCGCACGUCACGCUCAACGACGCCGUCAGCCACCGAACGGGCAUGGGCCGGCACGACCUAUCGUUGCACCGGGAGCGAGACGGGCGGCCGGUAACGCCGAGAGACGCGGCGCGCAGCAUGCGCCACCUGGCGAUGACGGCGGAGCCGCGCGUGCGGUACUCGUACUGCAACCUCAUGUACACGACGCUGGGCCACGUCGUCGAGACGGUGACGGGCGUGUGGCUGGGCGAGGCGCUGCGGACGCACCUCUGGGGGCCGCUGGGCAUGGCGUCGACGUACUUUGACGCGGCCGACGCCCUGCAUGCGCCGGAGCACUUUGCGGGCGGCUACGCGUGGGACGAGCACGCGAGCAACUACACGCUAAUCGACUACAUGUCGGUGACGGACGUCGGCGCAGCGGGCGCGGUCAUCUCCAAUGUCAAGGACUACGCGAAAUGGGUCCGGUGUCUGCUGCACAAGAGCGCACCGCUAUCUGAGGAGACGCAUGCCGAUAUCAGGAAGCCGAGGAUGUUUGUGUCGGCAGACUCGGACGGCGAGAUGGGCGUGUCGACUUACGGCCUUGGCUGGAGUCGGGAGACUAUGCAUGGCCACGCGGUGUUCCAGCACUCGGGAGGCAUGCACGCGUACGGGGCAGAGGUGUUUUGGCUGCCCGAAAUCAAGUUUGGCGUGGUUGCGUUUGGCAACACUGCGUUGUCAUCCAAUUUCGCAGAGUUGGAGGUUGUAUACCGCCUGAUCGAGGAUAAGUUGAACAUUCCGGCUAAGCAGAGGAUCGACAUUCGAGCCAAGUCGAUGAAGACCCGGGAUAGCCUGCCGACCAGGGCAAAGGCUAUUGAGAAAUUCUUCCCCGACCGACCCGAGACGCCGCAGCUAGGUUUCUUUGACGCCGGGCAGCUUGUUGGGCAUUACAGGGAUGAGGGUUGGGGCGACGUGACAUUUACAGUGGCGGAGAAUUUCGAGGGCAGCAACAAGACCGUGCUCGUUGGGCCGCGACUCGAUGCCUCAUUUAGGCAUACAUUCUUCUUAGAGCACAUGACAGGUGACUAUUGGCUUGUGCAUGCCUCGAUGCUGGGCGACAGCCCCUACACGACGGAGUACUUGAAGGCAAAAUUCGUGGCUGGAGUGGAUGGAAACCCGGCUGCGAUGGAUCUUGAUACCCAAGGCGUUGCUACGCCCAGCGAUGGUAUUGUCCAGUUCAGAAAAAUCGACUAA